CUACAGUACAGGCGUGGCAGGGCAGGAAUCUCACUCCCGGAUCGCACUUUGCGUCAUGCAGGAACAUGCACCAAGCUUUCAUGGUGCAGCAAUUUUAGGAGCGUUCCUCGUUUCUUUGUGGGGCAAGGUCCCAACGAACGGCUUUUGGUGCUGCCAUGGGUCCACGGGUGACAGUCUCACUGUGGAAUGUACGCGCAAGAUCUUCCAAACUCUCUCGAAGCCUCAAGAGGCCAUCCUGGAUCACCUGGUCGAUAGACCUCUUGCUCCCGGUCUCGUUCGGCGCAAGCUAUCACGGAUUCUGUGUCGAGAAGAGAAGCUCAAAUGACCUAGAAGAGUUCUUCGAAUCACGACACAGCCAUGCCUGAGACUGCAUCAUCGGGCCAGAGUCUGAUCAUUUGCAGGAACAAACACUGGAAAUACAUUUCCUCUUUCCAUGGACCAUGGCUGCAAUUACCGCUGGAGAUACUCGAGUCAUUGGCCCAUCAGAACUACACCAUGCCAGUGCCCCGAAUGAUAGAUG